GUUUACAAAUGACCAGCCAGCCGCUCCAAUGACAAGAACACAAAAGUGAAAUCAUUCCGCCGGGGAGAAGCAACUUUGGUCGCUGCUUUGGUCUCACACUCAUCAAGAAAUAGGAUUCAUACGAUUGUCCCCUCUCCAUAUUAUCUCUGAGAGUGGAUUAAGCUUUGAGAGAGACAGGAGAUGAAGAGAGAGUAUCAGCUAAUUGGGAUGUGAGUUCAAGUCAAGUGAGCCGGCAGAUUGGACCCGUAAAGCCUCUUAAGGCAGGUGGUGGUGGGAGGAAUACACCAAGGGGAGUGUGUGUUUGCGAGAAGCGUGCGUUUGUGUGCAUGUGUCAUUCCCAGAGGAAACCUGCCUUGGUCACAGCAGCAAGGGAGGGGUUGAUCAGGUGUGCGCGCGAGCGUGUGUAGGUGGGUUGAUUGCAGGGAGAGAUCCAAGCUGAGACAGAGUUAUGGUUUCUCCGGUCUGGAAGCGAUGAAGUGGCUUUGCGGGAGUUUCAGGGUUUAAGACCGGCGAGGAGGAGUAGAGCUGGGCGGACGGAGGACACUUGAAGAGAGGAGUAGGAGGAGGGGGGACACCACCGCCACCAAAGCGCACAGCACGGUCCCCAGUCCCUUGAUGCAGGGAUGGAGAGCUCACGGGUGCACGGGAUAACUCGGAAGAAUCUGAGGAGCAGAGGUGAAAAGCUCAACGGGAAGCCAGACAUGAGAGCCGGGCGACACCAGGGACACUUCCACCUGCCGCGGACUGUGAUUUUUUUCGUCGCGCUCACGGUGCAAACGCAGGCUGUCUGUGCGGUUGGGAUGUUUGAGCUUCAGAUCCGACACUUUCAGAACCCACAUGGACGUCUGCAAACAGGAGAAUGCUGUGAUCUCCAGGCCAGCGGAGCACAGCACUGCUCUGCCAGGGACCAGUGUGACACUUUCUUCCAGGCCUGCCUCAAGGAGUACCAGGCCCGGGUUGCCCCAACUGGAGCCUGCACCUUUGGUACCGGCAGUACGGGUAUCCUGGGUGGAAACUCCCAGUUGUUCCACCACAGAGGACACGACAGGGGGGGAGGAGGAGAGGACGGGAGUAAUGGACACAUUGUCAUUCCUUUCCAGUACGCCUGGCCGAAGUCGUUCUCACUGGUGUUGGAGGCUGUGGAUUAUGACAAUGACACAUCGAGUUCAGGCGAAGGUCAGUUGAUCGAGCGAAUCCUGCUCUCUUCCAUGCUGAACCCCGGUGAACAGUGGCAGACUUACCGUUACCACGGACGCUCUUUCAGCCUGGAGUACCGACUUCGUUUCCGCUGUCACUCCAACUACUACGGACCCUUCUGCAACAAGUUCUGCCGAGCCCGCGAUGACUUCGUCGGCCACUUCAGCUGCGACCAAAGCGGCUCCAAGGUCUGCAUGGAGGGCUGGACGGGGCCAGAGUGCAAAAUAGCGGUGUGCAGGCAGGGCUGUCAUCAAACCCACGGCUCUUGCGAUGUACCUGGAGAAUGCAAGUGUCAAUAUGGCUGGAAGGGUCAGCUGUGCGACCAGUGUAUGACGUUCCCAGGCUGUGUGUAUGGGAGCUGCACUGAACCUUGGCAGUGUGUGUGCGACGUCAACUGGGGAGGACUGCUGUGUGACAAAGACCAAACAGGGUUCAGUUGCAUCUGUAGCGAAGGCUGGACUGGACACACCUGCACAGAUGCGGUGAAGCAGUGUGAUCGCAGCCCCUGUGGCCAUGGAGCAACGUGUGAAGAAGCUCCUGGAGGUUAUCGAUGCCUUUGUCCACCUGGAUGGACCGGCAGGACGUGCCAGCUGGACAACAAUGAAUGUGAGUCGAGUAUCUGCAUCCAUGCCCGCUCCUGUCGCAACCUGAUCGGAAGUUAUCUGUGUGACUGCCUUCCUGGAUGGACGGGGCCUAACUGUGACAUCAGGAACAGCAGCUGUCAGGGUUUGUGUUUGAAUGGUGGACGUUGUGAGGACCAGGUGUCAGGGUCCAGAUGUGUGUGUCCACCUGGAUUCUCUGGAAAACACUGCCAAAAUCGCCAACGUCUGUGUGAUAGCGCCCCCUGUCUGCACGGAGGGCAGUGUGUGGAGAAGGCUGAAAGAACAGUCACCUGCAACUGUCCCACUGGAUAUUCUGGAAACUUCUGUGAGGUCGUGUUGGACUUGUGCAAUCCCAACCCCUGUCAACAAGGCCUGCAGUGUCACAUAAUAGAUGGCAGGAACACAUGCAUCUGUCCUGACGGUAACUAUGGUGACGAGUGCAUGAGCCUCAAAAAUCCCUGCAUUGGUCACCACUGUCAAGGUGCCAUGUCUGACUCAGCACACGGGGGCCUGAGCUUCUACAUGAUCCUGGUGGGAGUCUUAGCUCUGCUGACGGUCUGUGGCUGUGCCUCCUGCGCCUUCAUCCUGUCCCACCUCCAUCGGAAGCGGAAAAAGCAGCAGGCUGUCCCGCAGGAAGAAGGCAUCAACAACCAGAGGGAGUUUGUCAACCUCAUCAGAAACGUGGACCGUCCGGUGCCCCAGCUGCCCGCUGCCGCCCCUCUCACAAACCCUCCAGCCCCCGCCCCCGUCUCACGUUGCUACGAGGAGAUUGAACUGACCCUACCGCCCUCCCCGGCCCCUUCACACCCUUCCCCAGCACUAAAGCCAGCACAUGCUGCCAAACUGGACAUUUCAAACCAGGAGAGGGAGAAGUUGAACCGCCUCCACUAUGCAGAUAACCAAGAGCUGGAGGUCUGACCCCAUGCUGACUUUUUAAAGCCCUGAGGAGCUGUUUUUUCGAUUUACUUUGCGUCCUUAGCACUCUUUUGCUCACAGGACCCCGUCUCCAGUUACUUGCACUGUGUCGAUGUUGCAGAUGUAAAAAUUAAAGGUGACCCUCUGACCUUUAUAAACACAGAUGGCUGUACUCAGACACCAGAGGAACAAAGGCUGCUAAGCAGAGGGGUCGAAAGAGCGUCGUCGCCAUCGUCUUUGGGCCUUCUUAACGGCCAUGAAAAAGCAGCACAGGCAUAAAGUUGAGCUGAAAGACUCAACAGUAAACUGAAAACUUAAAGACUUACAGACUUGCCUUUGAGUGCCUGUGAAACUGUCAAGAGUAAACAGAGGAUCUUCCUCCAUUUGAGUCCCGAUACAUUUCCUGUUCGGUGUUGCCAUCUGACUGUUGUCCAAACCUCCACUGAACUCUGACAGAAAGGAUCAGUGAACAGAUGCCUAUUUAACAUUUGUUUUUGUGUGUGGCUGUGUGUAAGCGUGUGUGAGAGUGAACAAAAGACUGGCUAUAAUUAGUUUUUGUGAGAGGGGAAACAUUUCACUCUGCUUAGAGUGAAAGUGCAUCCUCCUGAACCAAAGGCUUGCAAGCCUCCUGAGAACAUUUUUAAAACUAUACACUGAUGCCUGUUUUGUCAUGUAAUACUGCAGUUUGCCCGAGAUGUAUGGUUUUUUAUCAUACUUGUGUGUAACAUAGUUGUUUUUGUACAUAAAUAAUAUUGUACAUAUUGAUGCCCUUUUUGUACUGUGAUUCAUUCUGGAAGUAUCACUGUAUUACUGUCCCCUGUUUUUCCCCUUAUACUUUCCAUUUGGAGCAACCAGCACAUGUGGAAUGUAAUAAAAGUGC